AUAUGUUAAGUGAGAUUAAUAUUGCUCCACGAAUACUCACAAAUUUCACUGGAGUGAUGCCACCUCAGUUCAAGAAAGACUUGGAUUCCUAUCUCAAAACCCGCUCUCCGGUCACUUUUUUGUCUGACUUACGUAGCAACUUACAGGUAUCAAAUGAACCUGGCAACCGCUACAACAUCCAGCUGAUUAAUGCCCUGGUGCUCUACGUAGGUACUCAAGCUAUUGCGCACAUUCACAACAAAGGCAGCACACCCUCUAUGAGCACCAUUACCCACUCAGCUCACAUGGACAUCUUCCAGAAUUUGGCAGUAGAUUUGGACACUGAAGGCCGGUACCUUUUCUUGAAUGCAAUCGCCAACCAGCUGCGAUACCCCAACAGUCACACCCACUACUUCAGUUGCACCAUGCUCUACCUGUUUGCAGAGGCCAACACUGAGGCUAUCCAGGAGCAGAUCACUAGGGUUCUCUUGGAACGACUGAUUGUAAACAGGCCUCAUCCUUGGGGUCUCCUUAUUACUUUCAUUGAGCUGAUAAAAAAUCCAGCAUUUAAGUUCUGGAACCAUGAGUUUGUUCACUGUGCCCCAGAAAUUGAGAAGUUGUUCCAGUCAGUCGCACAGUGCUGCAUGGGGCAGAAGCAGGCCCAGCAAGUGAUGGAAGGGACUGGUGCCAGUUAAACGAGCCACAUGUCACGUUGUAAGCGUGCCAGCCUGGGGGCCCCUGUCCCAUCGACUGACAGAAGACUCUGUAAGGCUCCUCCUGACCUUCCCAGCCCCCUCGAUUGGGCACACGCAACCGACCCUGGGUGAAAGUUGUUCCAAAAGUUUCAGUCGUUCAAAAACGUUCCAAAGUUUUAAACCAAUUUUUCUGACUUUUGGCCAAAAUUCAGAGAUGCUGUGAAUAUCAUUUUGAACUAAUGUAAAUACAAACAACAGAAACGUUUGUCUGGACUUUUGGGUUUGUGCAAAUUGUGUAAAAGGCAGAUGGGUAACUGGUGCCUGUCCAGCUUGUAAUAAAGGGGCAGCUGCUGAUGCC